AUGACAGGCCGCAGGUCGGAGGAGUGCGCUAAGUUAUCGAGGUAAAGUUGCUGUAAAAGAGUCGGGAGAAUGUCUUCACAGAGUGAAGCCGGAGGGGAUGGAGAAUAGGGAAGGCCCGGAGGCAAACGGGCAGGGACACACGGAGCAGAUGGCACAGCAAGAGCCCCUGUAUGAUUUCCCCGAGCCUAGCCAGGCAUCCCAGCGUAAGAUUCUGCCUCAUCAGAGGGGACAGGGCUCCCUCAGAAGCAUCAGCGUCCUGGACCGCCUCCUGCUCACUGUUCCCGUCUGGCUCCAGCUGUCCAUCAACCCUGCCACAGCACUGCACAUACUGCGGAGAGAGCCUCCUGGGACAUUCAUCAUCCGGAAGUCUCGCACAUCCCAGAGGAAUGUGCUGUGUGUCCGAUUGGCCGACGACAGCGUGCCUUCCUUUGUCCAGCAGUUUGGCAUCAAGGAGGAACAGUCCAGUAAAACUUUGUGCCUGGAGACUUCAGCCAUCAGCUUCCCAGAUCUCCCAAGACUGAUUGCUUUUUACUGUGUCAGCAGGGAUGUGUUGCCGUUUCCUCUGGAGCUUCCUGAAGCCAUUGGAAGAGCAACGUCACACAAAGAGCUGGAGUCCAUCUCACAUUUGGGAAUAGAAUUCUGGAAUUCCCAUCUAAAUGUGCGCGGGCCUCGUGAACCUCCAAAACCCCAGACAGACAAGGAGAAGAAGAAUAAUUUGGACGCUGUGCCUUUGGCCUCCCCAGCUCCCGUUUCCCAGCCGGUCCCUGUGCCCACUUCUAACCCGGCUUCAACGCUCGACUCCGACAAGCUGCUCAGCGCUGCGCCCGAACCGGAGGCGGCCGCCAAGCAGCCCGGUCCUGGGAAUACUUUGUUCCAGGAGUUCUGUCCGAUCACGACGCGCAGCCCCCAGGAGCUGGACUGUGGCGCCGGGCUGGGCGCGCUCUGCUUCAUCAACCCUCUCUUCCUGCAGUCCCAGAAUGCUUUGUCCCGGCAGCGCAUCUUGAAACGCAGCCUCAAGAUUCGGAUUUCUACGGAGACGUCGAGUCUGCUCUCCCCACCUCUCGCCGCCCCUCCGCCUCCUCCUCUGGUACCAAAAGCUAAGAGGAAAUGUAAAGCCCAGAAAGAGAACGCUGAACUCUAUGAGGAGGUUCAGCCGACGCCAAUCGCGCCCGGUGAGACGCAGGAGCCGGUCCAGUCCCAGACCGAACCCGGCCAGAGUCCAGCUGAAGGGGCUGCAGCUCAGCUUCCAGCAGGAACGGAGCUUUUUCCCAGUGACUGUGACUACAUGACGCCCCCUCCGGCAGUCAACGUCUCCCACUCGCCCUCUCUCUCUCCGUACAUGUCCCCAGCUGCCUCUCCCAUGCCGCCCCUCCUCUGUCCCAAGGCGUCUCCAUCCCGCUCUCCUCGCGAAUCCCCCAGCGUGUCCCCCUCCCUGUCCCCGUACCAGUCCCCGUCUCUGCCUCACAGGGCUCCUCCCUUCUCCCUCUCUCCCUAUCACUCGCCCAAUCUGUCCCCCUCCGGUUCCCCCCGGCAGUCCCCCUCUCCUUCCCCCGUCCUGCCGCCGUCUCUCCCUCCCUUCACCGCCGCAGCCUCGUCUCAGCCGAGCGAGCAGGCCGACUCCACGUACGCCACUCCCACCAGCCUGGAUCAGAGGAGAGCAGGUGUGGACGAAAAGGAAGAAAUAAAGGAUGUGCACGGAGGUGGAUGCGAGGAGCAGGAAGACGGUUUGGCGUUGCAGAUGAGUGCUGCGUCUUUAAAUGACUCUGAGAGCCGCAGUCCUGAAGCAGCAGCACAGUUCUCCUCGGUUAUGGACAAUAAUACGAGCCUCGAGCAAACAAACUGAUUCAUGUCAUUAAAAAAAAUUCUUUCUAUUGUGUAGAUUGAUCAAAUUUCCCUUGUAGUUUUAGGUUUUCCUGAAACGCCAAUAAAAGAA